GUCCUCUUCAAAUUCCGACCUGAUGUCGAUGAAUACCACCGAAAGACAUUUGUCAAAGAACUCAAAGCACUCAAGAGUCUAUCCUGCGUAAAGGGUCAGCGCUUGGUAGUCGGCGGCCCAUCCAUCACAGACCCCAUCGCGCGAAGCAAAGGCUACCAGAUUGCUUUGUUAAGCUUCCACAAAGACCCUGCUGCGCUGGCAGAAUAUCAGGCCAGUAGCGAACACCACAGGGUGACGAGUCAGUAUCUAUGGCCUUUUGCUGAGGAUGUAACACGUUUCGACUUUGAAGUGGACGCUGAGGAUGAGGACAUGUUUGAAAAGCGGUUUGGUUUCUCUCAGGUAUAG